AUGGCCACAGACUCGGCAAGCACGCCGGACUUGGGGGCGCCUCAAUUCGCGUCGCACGCAUGGGUGGAACCGAUUAUUGUCGUGAGCAUCAUGGUCGGAUCCUUGAUCAUCAACCGCCAUCGGGACUUCAGUAUCUUCAGAUCGCGCCGGUCGACAAAGCUGGACUCCCUGUACGACGACCAGUCGCCGGACCCCCUCCUCCGAUCGGACGGCGAGCGCGACCUGCGACGCGAGAACCCAUACCAUUCCGAGGCUCAGACCGUGUUUGGUAUCACCUUCAAGACCCCGGACUCGUCGCGCUGGGCAGACCACAUCCACAGCCGCAUCCUGCAGAAGUUCCCCUUCCUGGUGGAGAUGUUCUACUGGGUUGUCAACUACCUGUUUUAUUCCAUCACCAAGGCUACCUCGCAAUGGCUGUCGCCCGCGGAGAUCGGCGUCGUCCAGGUCGCCCAGAACCAUGCCAUUGGCAUCCUCAACGUCGAACACGCCUCCUUCCUCAGCUUCUUCUUUCCCAUCCAGGAGUCCGACUUCCAGGCCUUCUUCAUGAACGGUCAUCCGGGCUUCAUGACCUUUUUUAACCGCAUCUACUCGCUCGUCCAUAUUCCUGGAACUGUUUUGUUCCUUUCAUGGUACUAUUACUGCGCUCCCGACCACCCUACCUUUGCCGUCGCCCGACGGACCAUGACUCUCGGUAACUUCAUGUCCUUUAUGGUCUUCUGCUUCUUCCCAUGCAUGCCCCCGCGCCUUUUACCCAAGGAGUACCACUUCUUCGACACCGUGCGCCAGGAGCACGCCGAGAGCGUCUGGGUGGGCGGCAAGUCUGUCAACCAGUUCGCCGCCAUGCCCUCCCUGCACUUCACCUACGCCUUCGUCAUCGGCUGCACCUUCAUCUACCACUCGGGAAUCCUGCAGCGAUUCCGUGGCCGCGGGCCCCGCAAACCCCUCCUGACCAUGCUCUUCUUCCUCGUCCUGGGUAUCGUCUACCCGCUGCUCGUCCUCAGCGUCAUCGUCGCAACCGCAAACCACUACUGGCUCGAUGCCACCGUCGCCCUCUUCUCCGUCAUCUUCUGCUUCUUCAUCAACCGAGUCUUCAACCUGCUCCUGCCCCUGGAAUACUGCCUCUGCUGGAUCCUCCGCAUCGCGAAACCAGUGCCCACAACAGGUACUCGCGCCCUCUCCCGCCACGGCCGCAGAAACCGUGCCGCGGAUCACGACGAGAUCGAAUAUACGACUGUAUAA